AUGCUCGGCCCUCUGCCGCAUGACCUUGAUGAGGCUGGACUCUCGAGUUUUCUCUCAGCUUGUGGCGACAUCGUUCAUGUGCGCAUUCGGCGGCAUGCGCGGACGGGCGCCUCAUUACGCUACGGCUACGCCACGUUCUCCUCGAGGCAAUCGGUCGAUGAGGCGCUGAAACUCGGUGGGAAGGUUAUGGACGGCCAGCCGGUAUCCGUGCGAGCACUCGUCAGACAUGUUGAUGAAGUCCAUGUUAGAGGGCUAUCCUGGGAUGUCAACGAGGAGGAGCUCAAACGUGUAUUCGAGCAUUGUGGCAAGGUCGUUCGCGCGACCAUUCGAUCAACUAAGCACGGACGCGUCAAACGCGAUUUCCAUGGCUUCGUGCAAUUUGAGUCACCCAAAUCCGCCAGCAAAGCUUUCGCCGACAUGAGCGGGACAAAGCUUCAUGGCAGAUCUCUUACCGUCACCCUGUCUAUGCCGCGAUCUACACAUGUCCUCAAUUCAGCCAAGCAAGGCGAUGAUCGUGCUCCGACCGCCGUCAUGAUCAAGCAUCUUCCGCCGCAAGUCGAUGAUGACUGGCUGAGGACCACCUUCGAGGGUUGCGGCGAGAUAGUUAUGGCGCGCGUGCAGAGGCAUUUCAGGACAGCGGACUCCCCCGGAACAGGCAAUUCGCUCGGUUUUGGCUACAUCAAUUUCGCUUCGCCCGCCUCCGCGGAAAAUGCUCUGCAGAUGCACGGUCUAAACGUCGCAGGGCAUACCCUGCAUAUUGAGACUACCCCCGGGCUCGCAUAUAGUUCUGAGCAGUGA